AUGUUAUUUGGGUGCCGUCUACUCCUAUUUGUGGCCUGGUUGAUCUCAUUGGCAGCCGCUACAUCAUCACAGGGGCCCACUGAACUAAUCUGUUUCGAUCCAGAAUGUUCCACACCCUAUCUGCUUGGAGAGGUUAUCACUGAUCUCCCUGAACAAUCUCUCCGCAAGGGUGCCAUCAUAGAGAUAUUCGGUCAAUCGGCAUUAGAGGAGAGCUACCGCAUUAAAGUUGGUGAGCAUUUCUACGAUGUUCAUAGCAGUUUUCUGCGUCUCGGCGCGAAGCUACUUGAGCCGCGGUCUAUGGUUCGAGUGAAGCUGUCUCGAUUUGACUCCUCCACUGUCCAACCGACUGGAGGUGGUGAGAAAUCCGUAGACUUUUCGACUGUCUCUAGUACCAGCGAUUCGUCGUCAAUCGCGAAAGAAAUAACGCUUUCGAGCAAAAGGGUAGACACACCGUCAACUCAACAGAAUAUAACACCUCCACCUUCUGAAAAGGGGACUUCGGAUUAUCAAUUUUUGCAACAGCAGCAACAACAACAAGAACAUCAACAAAAGCCUGGACCGACUGUAUCACAAUCCUCCGAGCUUCCAAAGGAAACAAUAAAGCCAUCUCAACCAGUUCAACAGCAGGAAGGAGUUCCUUUAUCUACGCUGCAGGCAACUGAAGGUGCGAAUAUGCGUCCUUCGGAUCACAGUUCUACUCUAGAAAAACCUCGUACAAUUGACGAAACAAGUUCUUCACUUUCUCCUCCCAAAACAACGGUGCCGGGGUCUGGGUUGGAGACCGAAAUAGUAUCUCCUCCUGUAGGACAACACCAUUUGCAGCAACCAUACCUAUCUUCAGAAAAGGCGACUUCUGAUGGUCGGUUUAUACAACAGCAGGAGCAUCAGCAAAAGUCUAGGCCGACUGCAUCACAAUCCCCUGAGAUUCCAAAGGAAACAAUAAAGCCAUCUCAACCAGUUCAACAGCAGGAAAGAGUUCCUUUAUCUACGCUGCAGACAACUGAAGAUGCGAAUAUGCGUCCCUCGGAUCACAGUUCUACUCUAGAAAAACCUCGCAUUUUUGUAGAAACUACAAGUCACUCACCUUCUUCCGAAGCAAAGGUUCCAGGAUCUGGGUUGGAGACUGAAACAACGCCUCCAUCUACGAGCCAACAACGCCUACAAGAUUCUGGGCCUAAGUUACAAUCAGUUGAGAGUGUGAGGAUGCAGACUUCAGAUUUGCAUUCACACGCAUCGAUGCCUGAGACGAAUACAGCAUCCGUGCAUGUAGAGAAGCAUGAAGUGCAGCAGCCUUCUAUAGAAAAACUACAGUCUCAAAAAACGAAUGUAGAUAUGAAGAUUUCAUCGGAACCUACGAUCAAGAUUGAAGAAAUAUCUCCAAGUACUGACCAACAUCGCCAACAGCUUAAUCAGUCUCCGUUGCAGGAACCAUUUUCACAGGUUGGCACAGGUGCUAAAGCUCCUUCUUCUGAUUCACGAACUGUUCUGCAUCCAAAUAUUGAAAUGGGCCAUUCUUCAGCACAAAAUACUCAAACAUUGGAACCUCAUUUGAAAACUUUUGCAGACCAAAAAUCCCAGUAUGUGCAAAUGCAAUCUCCUGUUCCACCUAAGGAGAAGGAAAGGGUUAGUCAGUCAGAUCAAGUGGUUACUGAUGAAUCGAGUGACCAUCAGCCAAAAGUACUUCACCAUGCUGAAUCGGGGUUGAAAGAUGUUUCAGAAAUAAAUUCUCAGGAAUUGGCAAUUGAAGCAUCUGCGCCAGGUAAUACUGACCACGGACUCACGAACAAAUUUGAAGAAGCCGAGGAACCUCCUUCGUACACCUCAGUAGAAUCUCAUUCUCCAGAUCUUGGUGAAUUAGUAGAAAAUGACGAAGAUCCGCCACUGCGACCACUGAUGGACAUUGCAACAGAGUCCACCUUCUUCCACUGUCUCUCCUACGCUUCAAAUGGCACAUUUAUGUCUCCCAGCAUAGACUCAUCCUCUCACAUCGUUAAGAAGUCCAUCCUAGCUGGUGCGGUACUGUUUUUUGCUCGACAGUACUUCAACGCCGCACAGAUCCUCCUCUUCAAACUUCCUCUUACACUUGUUUCCUCUCUCGAUCGUAUCCUUACUUUCGCAUUCCACUUACCUCUUGUUUUCUUCAUCGCUUGGCUCUUGUUCCUACUCUCUAUCCUAACCACCUGGCAAAUAGUGAAGCUGUUCAAUCGGCUCUUAUUCAUCGGCCUCACCUCUUCCAAUCCUGAUGAUCCUAGGAGACGAUCUCUGGCUGAGUGGCUAGCUGUUGAAGAGAAUGCUAAUCUCUUGGCAGGUAGUCUGGCGGACAAAGAGGAGGCUUAUGCACGUCUCAUUGUGUGGUCCACAAAGGUGAGCGAGCGCUAUGAGCACCAGACUCGCAAUCACUCCACCUCGGAGACGCGCAUCCACAACCAAUUACGAGAUUUGAAGGCUUCCCUGGCGGAUAGUUUGCAGGAGAACAAGGAACUGAGAGUCACUCAUGACGCGUUGGUAGAACAGUUGUCCAAUGUGAAAACGGAGGCUGCUGCCACCGCCACACGAUUGAGAAAGGAGGUGGCUGCACUGAACGACCGAUUAGAAGAAUGCACCCGUCAGUACACGGAGAGCAUUGAGAAAGAGAAGGCGCUUUUAGCCUGCGAGGUUAAUAGCCACCAGUCAAGAGCGGAAAACGCAGAAAAGAUGGUGAACGAACUGAAAGAGGCAAAUCAGCGAUUUGAAGAGGACCGUGCUGCUCGAGAACGCGAGCUCUCGAGUCUACGAGAGGCCUUUAUUGAGCUUAAGAACAAGGGCUCCACUGGUGGCUGGGAGGUGGAGGAUGAAUUAGAUAUGGACGAGAUCAUUGAGGAAAUUGAAGGCCCUCUGGAGCAAGCGAGUGAAGGUGAUGGAGAUGAAGUUCAGUCCUCAUUAAGGGAAUUCCUGGAGGUGGGACGCCUCAGAGUGGCUUUGGAAGAUUCUGAAAAGCAGGCUCGUGCCGAAACUGCUGCACGUAAACAGGAGACGGAGUUGCGCACUCAACUACAAGAGACGGUGGAGGUGCUCAAAGGCGAGAAUGCCGAUCUUUCACAAAGGUUGCGUGUAGCCACGGAGGAUUGUGACGCCUCGAAGAAGAAGCUGGAGAUCCUCUCAGAAUAUUUCAAAGAGCGCGAGGCGGUGCUCCAACGUGACUUGGGUAGGCAAGCGCUUAGUGAAUCGGAAUCGAUGGAGGAGCUAAAAUUUUUGCGUAGCAAACAGGAGUCCUAUGAGGUGGAGGUAAAGACCCUUCGUGAUCAGCUGGCUUCAGCACGACGCGAGUUAGCUGAGUCUGAACGGGUUAAUCGACGUCAUAUCAGCGAAUUGGACAAGCGUUUACAUGAAAACUGGUUGUCUGCAAGAGCUCUGGAGAACGUUGUGAAAGAUUUGCGUGGUGAGAAUAAUAUACUCCGACAAAAGAUGUUCACUGGUGAAAGGGCUACUAUAAAUAAGCUUCUCUCAGGUAUUCCACCCCCACCUCCACCACCACCGCCACCAGCAGUGGCGUUGGCAACUACCAAAUUACCGGAAAUGCGGUCAACCUCACGACAGUCGGAGAAGAGUGUUGGAUCCCAUCCACAAAUAUAUCCACCUCCGCCACCACCUUUUCUUCCAUUUUCUCAAAUUCCGUUAACCGGUCCAGGUGGAUCGCAAUUUAUUCCUCCAAUCCCGCCACCGCCUCCAUCCCUGCCGAAUUCAUUACUUUCCCAACGUCAGCAAGUAGAAGCCAACAGACAGGUUCCACUAGCAGCAGUCCCAGCAUCAACAUCGCGGGAUGCCGCUCAAUCCUCGCCAAAGUCAGGUUCCAACACCUCGGGAAGCAAUCGUUUCAUCAAGCAGCAGCUGCAAUAUCACCAGCGGUAG